CAGGUUUGAGAAAGCAGUCCUUUAUAAGGUGCCUACACACUGUACGACUGAACAUCUCCAGAAAAAGGGCAGCCUCUGAAAUGGGCAAGAUGUUGGUAUAUAGCCUGUUGGUUUUUGCCCUUGGAUUUUCAGCAGGGCAUGCUGGUUCAUGUGAACAAGCUUCAAUUUCUGAAAAGAAGGAAAAAAUUUUGAACCUUCUGGCAUGCUGGACAGAGGAUAAGACAGACAACAGCAGGUCCCGUUUCAGUGGCUCUCCAACUGGUGAUAUGAGCUAUGGAUACAGGAGCUGCAAUGAAAUCAAGAGCUCAGACCCAUCAGCUCCUGACGGCAUAUACACACUGGCAACUGAGCAUGGCGAGUCCUAUCAAACCUUCUGUGAUAUGACAACUAAUGGGGGUGGAUGGACCUUGGUGGCCAGUGUCCAUGAGAACAACAUGUUUGGAAAAUGCACUGUAGGUGAUCGCUGGUCCACACAGCAGGGGAAUACUUUACAAAAUCCAGAAGGCGAUGGAAACUGGGCAAACUAUGCCACAUUUGGGCUACCUGAAGGAGCUACAAGUGAUGACUAUAAGAAUCCUGGCUAUUAUGACAUCAAGGCUAAAAAUCUGGCUUUGUGGCAUGUGCCCAACAACACUCCAAUGUUUAACUGGAGGAACUCAUCAAUUCUGAGAUAUCGCACACAAAAUAGCUUUUUUACUGAGGAGGGAGAAAAUUUGUUUGAACUGUACAAGAAAUAUCCAGUAAAGUAUGAUAUUGGUAAAUGUCUAGCAGACAAUGGACCCGCUGUGCCUGUAGUCUAUGACCUUGGAAGUGCAGAGAAGACUGCAUCUCUCUACUCACCAAAUGGAAGAAAUGAGUUUACAGCGGGCUUUGUCCAGUUCCGAGUUGUCAACACUGAGAAGGCUGCACUUGCUCUUUGUCCAGGGGUGAAGGUGAAGGGCUGCAAUGCAGAACAUGUAAGUAUACACAUACAGGUUUUUACAGGGGGCAAAAUUGAUAUCAGGCAAUUAAAAAUCAAACUGACCAAUUUCCAUUUUUCAGCACUGCAUUGGAGGAGGUGGUUACUUCCCCGAAGGAAGCCCCAGACAGUGUGGAGACUUUUCAGCCUUUGAUUGGGAUGGCUAUGGGACACACGCAGGAUGGAGUGCAAGCAAAGAGAUUACCGAGGCAGCUGUGCUGCUCUUAUACCGUUAACGUGAUGCAAAAUGCUUUUCCAUUCUGUCAGAUGUUUGUAAAAUUACAAAAAUAAAAGAACUAUGAACUAUU